ACCCCGUUUACAUGUAGGUAAAGAUAAACUGUGGCUGUCUGUGUACUUUACCGGUAACUUUUCGCCGUCUGUCUGUAAACAUGAAGCUGCUCACUCACAACAUGUUGACGUCUCACGUGAAGGGAGUCACCAAAGGGUACCCGCUGCUCAUCAAGGCAACUGAGGUGAAGGUGAAUGAGGUGGAGUUCAACCCUCAGUUUGUCAGCCGGAUGAUUCCCAAGCUGGAGUGGAGCGCUCUGGUCCAGGCUGCAGAGGAGCUGGGUCAUCGGCAAGACCUGCCGGGUGAGCUGGUGCCCGACUACGAGAAGAACGACGAGUUCCUGAAGAAAGUGCACAGAGUGCUAUUAGAGGUGGAGGUGAUAGAGGGCUGUCUGCAGUGUCCCGAGUCAGGACGCGAGUUCCCGAUCUCCAGAGGAAUCCCCAACAUGCUGCUGAACGAGGACGAGGUGUAGAUGCCAGCACAACAGUCCUCGUUACACAACCUCAACCCAAACUGUCACCAAGAUGGGGACUGUGGGUAUUCAGCGAGAGAGAGCAGAGAGGCUGGACUCUGGUUUGAGUUGGUGCCAUGAGAAAAUAGGCCACACUGUUUGGUUGAUUUUAGUUGAGACGUUUUGAGUGGCUGAUGCUGCCAGUGGAGAGAGAAGAUUUGAGGAGCAACGGAUGUAAAUGUUGCCUGAGAGUAACCCCCAGUGCUUUUAUCUGUAUUUAUUUGUGUAACUGUUCGGGCUCUUUCUUUUUCUUUUUCAAUAAAACUGUCCUUAUUUCCAUGACAGCCAGAAUUGUUUAAGGU